AGAUAUUUCUAAGGUUUGACAAAUUUCUUAUCUACCCAGUAUAGUAGUCAUCCUUAUUGUUGCAAAACAAUGUCCUGCCGAUAAGGUUGAAGAAUUUUCGCCUCUUUUAAAUGGUAUACCUAUAAAUACUUUAAGAAAGUGUUGGACUACAUCAUUUCUGUCUCAAAUUUUGGAUAGUCAAGAAAACAACACAAAAGUAAGUACAAUUUGACUUUUGAAUUUGAAUUUGACUCUAGGAUUUUUAAUCCUCGAAAUAUGCAAUAUAUAUAUUUUAUUAUUAUUCGUGAUAGAAGUAUGUUAGCUACUAUUUAUUUUGUUCCAGAUGCUUAAACUUUUAGCUUUCUUGAUGGUAAUAAUAUCAGUAUUAUCAGCUGAAAUACCAUCGCCCGGGAUAUUUAAUAAAGAUGACACAUAUAAACCUGAAAUUGAGGAAGCAAUUGAAACCCAUUCUAUUCAUAGUAAGAUUACAAACUUAGAACCAGAACAUCACCCAGUAUAUCGAUCAGAAGAACAUAAGGAUAAAGGUCGAGCAAGAAUUGAGCCAGUGAAGCCUAGAGGGCCUAUAAUUAAACAUGAUAUGUUAGCUGAUGAACCUGUUGCAGUACCAUCUUCAGACAUUAAUAGAAACGAUAAUUAUGGUUUCUCGGGACCAAUGGAAGUGGCCUAUCCUGAUAUUCCGUAUGCUCCUAGCUAUGGAUAUAGACACGGAUACGCUGGACAAAAUAACUAUGAUGUGUAUGGAAUUAGUGAUGAUUUGAUGGAACCAGAUACUUCAUCUUUUGGACUGCUUUGGAGCCAAGUACCUGAUUCUAGGACGUUGGUGAACUACGCUGGCAGGACUAUCAGUUGGGUAUUCAGCAGCAUUUUCGUCCUAAUGCUCGGUUCGUUCCUAACCAUUGGACUUUGUACCUACACUGAUCUGUGCAGGAUUACGUUUAAUGGCGUUGGUCCAAUUCAUGAAGAGAUGAGAUCCCUUAUAACCCCAGAACGCUUGGAGAAAAUUAGUAACGCUGCUGACUUUGUAAAAACUGCGAUUAAUAAGUAUCAAACCAUUCAACAUGUACCCGAACCAGGUACAAGGAAGCGACGUUCAAUCUUCUAUUAAAAUGUAU